GUGAUAUAAAUGCCUUUGAGUUCCAUUUGGUGACAACUAAUAAGCUCACGUCCUGUGUUGUGAAGAAAUCAUGAGCGGUCACCUGGUCCUCCUGCUGCUGGCACUGGUGGCCAUGCCCGCCUAUUCCCAGAAUGGUGCCAAUGUAACUGAUUUCAAAGAGGAGGAGGCAAAAGAACAAGAAAUCAAGGCGGAAGAGGGAAAAGAGGAAGAAAAAGAGGCGAGAGAGGAGGAAGAGGAGGAAGAGAAAGAAGAGGAGGAAGAGGAAGAGGAGGAAGAGGAGGAAGAAGAAGAGGAGGAAGAGGAAGAAGAGGAGGAGGAAGAGGAAGAAGAGGUGGAGGAAGAGGAAGAAGAAGAGGAGGAAGAAGAGGAGGAAGAGGUGGAAAGAGAGGAACAGGAAGACGAUGGACUAUGAAGUGAAAAAAGAUCAAGAAGAGGAAAGGGACAUCCUAAGAGUACGGGAUGAAGCACCGUAUGAGGAGGUGACUGGAAUUAUUUUUGGGUGUUGAGGUGCGAGGACAACAAACAUUAUUAUGAAAACAUGUAGUGAUUUUUCUGUAGGUAUAUUCAAUUAUAGAAAACUAGCAAAGCCUCAAGACUUCUUUUUCCACUCACUCAAUUUGUCUCAAUCAAAAUGUCCAAUUGUGCUUCAUAGUAAAUAAUAUAUAUUUCAUAACCUAUAAAGUAGAUUUCUCUUUGUGCUUAUAAACAUCUGAACGUUUACAGAGUUGAGAAUGCAUUGUUCCACUGCAGCAAAACAAGACAAGUCAUUGGGUAAAUGCUGAGCUUCUCUCGUCCAUUCUAUGGUUAUUUGUUUAAGAAAAUAUGAAUGUGCAUGUGCAUGUGCAAACAAAAUGUAACAAGUGCUAUAAGGAUAUUUUUUAAAUUUAUUUUUAUUUUGAAAUAAUAACUUUUCCAAAGUGUUUGGCUUUAAAUGUUUUGUUUUCUGUUCUUUGAAAGUUUUUUUACUCGCUCUAGAUAACAUUCUAUCUUUCACAUUGCGGUGAGGUUUGUCAUGUCAUGGUUAUUUCCUGCUUUAUUUUUUAGGUAUUUCCCUUGUUGUUUCAGAGCACUUGCCCUUCCUCCUGUCCUCCCUAAUCACCAAUUGGUUCCUCCUGUUUCCUAUUACCUUCUGCGUGUAUAGUACAUUCAGUGAUCCCUUUGUGUUGUGCCAAAGCGUCAUCGUCCGCUGACGCGUCACCCGAGCCUGCUAUUGUCCAAAGCCAAAGUCACCACGUGACUCCAGAUUCGAGAAGAAAUUCUUAAGGCUUUUGAGUUUGUUUGCUACUUUGUUUUCUGAUGGUGUGUUUGUCCUCUGUGGUGUAGUGAUUUUUGUUUUAGAUCCUUCUUUAUUUUUACCCUGAUGGAGAGUUUGUAAAAUAAACUCUUUUAACCAGUAACUCUGCAUUGAAGUCUUGCCUCGAGUCCAGUCGUGAAUCUUUCACAGCCCAAAUCCACAAAAUGUGAGAUGACAGGUGAUCGCCGUUGGGUUUUGUGGCUACUUUAUACUGUAGUUUGUAGUGCAUUUGCAUUUACAACUGAUACAAAAAUGUUUUAAGUCCAUAGUUUAUUUUAUUUUUUUUUAAUUAAUUAUUUUUUUUACAUUUUUUGAUAUUGUACCGUAACUCAUUGUAUCAUAGCUUUUGGAGGUGCAGCGUAUCAAGUUUAGGUGUAUCGUUCUAUGCCCCUGGUAGAGCAGCCAAAGGAUUUACUCAAGUAAGAGUAACGUUACUUCAAAAUAAUGACUCAAGCAAAAUUAGUCAUCCAAAGAAUUUACUCAAGUACAAGUGAAAAAGUAUUUGGUGAAAAAAAUACUCAAGUAAUGAGUAACUGCUUACAAUGUCUCAUUUUUCAACAAUAUUAUAU